UCCCCCUCCUGUUGGCGUUUUGGUGUGCGGCCUGGCUUGCCACCAGCUACAUCAUGACGGUCGUCCCCGGCCAUGCAACCUCACCACUGAUGAGCAUCAGUGACGUGGGAAAUUUCUUUCCCGAAAGCAUAUUAUUCAGAAUUGGAUUCAUAGGGACGUCCAUUGGCACUUUGGUACUAACCUUUCUUAUUUAUAAGUAUAUGGUUAUGCAUACUGAAGAGUUCAGGGGUCAUCAGGUCCUGAUCCAGAGGAUCCUGCUGGCCAUUGUGUGGGCCUCCUGUUUUGGCACAGCUGUCAUGCAUGUAUUUUCCCCCAAAGAAUAUCCCAGGAUACACUUUGUCAGCAAGAUAAUUUCAAUUACAUGUGAAGCCUUAUACUACCUUGGGCAGUCCAUCCAGAUGUAUAAAUUACCAGGAGCAAACAAAGUCAUCCACCAUAGUAGAUGCACCUGCUGUGGCCUGACUUUUGUUUGCACAAUUUUCUAUUUUGGAUAUGAAACAUUAAAGGAAUUAUUCUAUAAUGAUGAAGACUGGGACGAGAUCCGUGAAAUCCCCAUCAUAAUCAUCCAGUGGGUGAUGCUUCUACUGAUCCUGAUAAACAUCGUGACCUAUUAUUCCACCAUGCAGAGGUUAUUGUUGAUCGUCUCCAGAAACAGCUGCACACUCUCCCUUAGAGUAAAAAUUGAUGACUUUGGGAUGUAGA